AAAAAAAAAAAAAAGAAAAUAUGUCUAUUUUAGCAUCUAUAUUAUUAUUAUCCACAAACAAAAUUGAAAGAUGAUAUGUUUUGGUCAAACUGUAGCAUAGUUACAGCUGUAGCAAGACCAAUUUAUCUGGUUCACCAUUACAGGGAUAGACAUGUUCCUUUACCUGUAGAUAAAACUUUAAAAUGCACAUUUGUAGAUCACUUGGGACAGUCCCAGCAUGGUUCCUUAAUGAAGAUACAGUCAGUAUUGCUACUGUGUAGAGAAUAGUACAGACCUAUGAAUCAAUGUUCAUAAAUACUCCUUACUUUUUGAUGUACUUUUAUUUUAUAAAUAUUCUUUAGUAACAGGUUCACAACUUAAAUAGUUUUAAGUAUUUUGGAUGAUUCAAAUCCUCAUGAGCUGUAGACCCUGGGUGCUGCUCUGCUCUGGAAUGCCUCCCAGAGUCAGCAGCCCCACAACAGGCCUGAUGACAGUGAGGGGCAAAGUGUAUAGUUUUAAAACAUGGAUGCUAAAAUGGACAGUGUACUACAAUUUGUAUGGCAUUUUCUACUUUAUCAUUGUUCCUAUUGUCUUAUCAUGUCUGAAGCUUUGAGACCACAUUAAGGAAAAGGAAAGGGUUUGUAUCAAUGAGUGCUCUCUCGAUAUGCAUUCCCUCUGACUCAGACCUAGAUGAGAAGAGAAAUAUCCUAACUUUUCAGUCCACAGUCUGGCAGUUCCAGCAACUCGUGAUUCUCUGUGUCUCAGUGUUGUUCCAAGGCAGAUAGGAGAGUGCCUUAUGCCUGGAUCAUGGAGGAACAUUGUAUGGUCUUAGCAAGCUAAUACUAAAAAAUUUCAAGGGUUCUUUUUUCCUUAUGAAAUAAAUUCAUAUGUUUGAGAUAAUAGCAAAAGCAAUUUAUUAUUCAGAAUGAAUUGGCAUAUCUGUAGUUCAGUUAGGAUUAUGACCAUCGUGUACUUUAUAAAGUAAGCCUUCAGCUCAUUUAUUUUUUUCUUUAGCUUUAUCUGCAUUUUGCUGUGAAAGCAAUAUAUUCAGUUCUUUAUUUGUAUCAUCUUAAACAGUUCUUUUAAAGUCUAUGUUUCGGUCACCUAUGAGUUCAUGCUGUUUCUUAGUUUGCCUGGUGAACUUUGGCAGCUGGACUGUGUGUGAAAAACUGGAGAAAUUUUUUUGCCUCUCUGUCCAUAAGGUCUGUCAAGAAGCAGCUGUGCUGAGGUGACUAUUCCAUGGUUCAGGUCUCGUUUGUAAUCUUGCUAACACUUGUGCUUCUGUUUUCCCCCUCAUUCCUAGGAAAUGGCUUUCAGGAGAACACAGGGGAGGCUUGGGUGUUUUUCUUCUAAUUUUUGUUUUUUGUCUCCUUUUGCUUCAGCAAUAAGCCAUGUUCCCUGAAACAGUUUAGUUAGCAAACUCUGAGUGUAAAGUCAACACUGAGGACUUCUAUGGCCACUCAUUCUUUUGGGCUUUCAGUUCCUGGCUUCUUUGCCAGCCCAAAAUGUUACUUUGUCUCUCCAGUUCUGUGAGGUUGCCCCGAGUUGUCUGGGGUUCUUGUGUGUGGUCCUUUUUCUGGUUUCUCAGCCUUUUUGUUUCACCAGAGUAGGAUUUAAUGUUUCUUACUGCUUUGGUAAAUGCUUAAAGGAAGCAGGAGGACAUAUUUAAUUUAUUGGUAUGUAUGUUUGACUUGUGAGUUUAUGUGAGUGCAGGAGCCCAAGGAAGCCAUUAGAGGGCACCGGAACAGGAGAUAUAGUUGGCUGUGGGUACUGUGAGCUAAACUCUGGUCAUCUGCAAGACCUGGUCAUCGUCAUUGCUGAACAGUUUCACCUGCUACAAAAAGGAUUUACUUUUAACAGAUUUUGAGGAGAUACAGUCUAUCAUGGUAGGGUAGACCUGGUGACAAGUUUGCUCACAUCUGGGCUAGUGAGCAAGCUGGAAUUCAGGUUGGGCUGAAACUUCAAGUCCUACCUGUCAGCAACCCACUUUCUCCAUUGGCGACCCACCUCUUAAAGGUUCCACAACCUCUUCAAACAGCUGGGGGCCAAGUGUUCAAACAUGAGUCUGUGAAAGAACACAUAUCCAAAUUUUAACAACCAAUAAUCAGUAAUACCUAGAAUUCUUGGCUGCUUUGAUAGCUCUGUGAUAUCAUGAAGCAGAAGUGUGUGCAUCUGUGUGGGUGAGAGUAUAGCUGUAUAUGUGUUUAACGUUUGCUUUCUUAAUAGAGACAGAAUCCUGUAAGGCACAGCCGGAGGCAUCAGUCUCCAUGUACUCUUCAGUGUAACAAAUGAUUAUUGUCAUGUUGGUUAACAUAAUUGAUUUGUGAGUUCUGCAUCUUGUAAAUCUAGCACUGGGGAUUUCAUGAUCUUUCAAAUAACUCCCUGAAAGAAGUAAAUAGUUUUUACUUAUCAAGUCAUUAUUCAUUCUUGUUUUAAACAGUCAAAAAGGGAGUGUGUCCUCUGAGAAAAAUUAACUGCCUUUGCAUAGCAGUGUGAAUUCUUCAGGGUUUUGGAAUUCCAGGAAUGUUUUACCUAUAAUACUUAUUCUCCAAGUACAUACCAUGUACUUUUUAUAUCCCUGUUUUAUAAAUGAGAUAAGCUAAGAAAUAUAGUAAGUAGAUGGCCCCAAGUCAUAAGCAGUUAUUGCCAUGAAUAAUGAAAACUGGACUUUGUGAUGCCUAGACCUGUCCUGUACAUGAAAUGGUCUCAGUUCAACUCUGUGUACAUCAUGGUAUAGAAGUAUUUCUUAGAUGUUGUACUCACAUUCCUGAGUGUGCAGUCUUGCUUGGCUUUGAUUCUUCCUGUGACAUUAAAACUAGUAUUAGCAGGGAAAGAGAAUUUAUGUGUGCCCUGAGGUGUGUAGAUAUGCUGGUGUGUAGAUGCUCAGAGAACCAUAACCCAGCCUGCUCAUUCAGCCUCAGUGAGAAGGAAUAGUGGUCAUUUGAUUCUUGGGUACAGAACAGUGCUACAUACAUGCUGGUGUAGUUGUUAGAUUUAAAAUAUGUUUUCAUAUCCAGUGACAUAAAAACUGCAUGGUCUCUAUUUCUAUCAUAGCCACAGAGUCUUAGAAUAACUCUUGGCAUCAGAAUUGAAAACUUAGUUUGCUUCCUCUUGUGUAGCCUACAGUCUCACUGUAGGAGUGGUGUGUAUUCACGAUCUAGCUGUGUUCCCAGGCAGUCAUGGAACAUUCCUACUUUUCCUCAGCCUUUGCUUUCUGGGCUUUGCAACGUCACUGCUGUGCAACCAGAGGCACAAAAGCUGCAGCUGUCAGACCCUAAUCCCUUCUGCUUGGACUUGUUGCCAGGGUAUACAGUAGCGAAUGACUAGCUCUGGAGACAGCCUUGCAGGCAUUACCAGAGGCUUCAGCAGCAAAUCACAACUUGUGGAUGGUACUAUUUCACCUUCUGUAAACUCAGCUAACACUUUUAGGUAUGUCCAGCCUUACCAUUGACCAAAAUACUCCAGGCAGACAGUGAAUUAUGUGCUUAUUGUUCAGCAAAUGAUCAAGAAAACAUCAAUUAAUUAAUUCAGCAGCUGAUGGAUUCAGGAUCUCAAAAAGAGAUCAGAGAAGUUGAUGAUGACAGGCAGGUGGUCGCAGAGAUCAUGGCAAGAAGUUUUAUUCCGACUCUGAUAACAACUAUUUCUUGGGAAGGCUUUCACUUUGCUGGUCAUGAAAUUCGGAUUACUGAAGCCAAAGAUUGUUACGGUGCUGUUGUCUGGCCAUCGGCCCUUGUUCUAUGCUAUUUCCUGGAAACACAUGCCAAGCAAUAUAACAUGGUUGAUAAAAAUGUGAUUGAAAUUGGAGCUGGGACAGGGCUUGUCUCCAUUGUGGCAAGUUUACUUGGUGCUCGAGUGACUGCUACAGAUUUGCCUGAAUUACUUGGAAACCUGCAAUAUAAUAUUUCCAAAAACACCAAAAUGAAAUGCAAGCAUUUGCCCCAGGUUAAAGAGCUCUGCUGGGGAGUAGCAUUAGACAGGAACUUCCCCAGGUCUUCCAAUAACUUCGACUACAUCCUGGCAGCAGAUGUUGUCUAUGCCCAUCCUUUCCUGGAGGAGCUUCUCAUGACCUUUGACCAUCUCUGCAGAGAAACUACCAUCAUCCUCUGGGCCAUGAGAUUCAGGCUGGAGAAAGAAAAUAAAUUUGUAGAUAGAUUUAAGGAACUGUUUGAUCUGGAGGAAAUUUCUAGUUUCCCUAGCCUGAAUAUUAAGUUGUACAAAGCUAUGAAGAAAAAUCGGAGGAGUGCAUAGUGCAUAUUGUCUGUGAAUUAGGACAUGGGCAUGCCAAGGUAGUUUCUAGUAGAUCAUUACUUUAAAGAACACACACACACACACACACACACACACACACACAC